AAAGCAUCGUUGUAAACGGUCCUAGUGGCGGCGCGCCGCUGGAUGAUACGCGGUUGUGAUUCAUUUUGUGAUGCGGAAAUGUAAAAGUUUCGCAUUGAGAAGGAAAAAAUCAACAUUGACUAGCGUACAUCGUUAGUCAAAGAAAAGGAAACAAAACGGAUCGUGCGAUUUCGUCGAGAGUUUCUGUCAAGAUAAAUGUGAAACACGAUGACACUCGUGGUUUGAGCAAAGAUCUCGAUCUCGUGUGUGCAGCCUGCCAGUCGCGACAUGGCGGGUUUUCGAGACGAGGAUAAGGCUCUAUUUCCUAUUCAGAGCAUCUCCUCGAUUGUACGAAUCUUCCAAAAUCAAUUACAAAAUAGCUCAGAACCGGACUUGGCUUUACUCUCAAUUCUCGUCGGCGCAGUUGAAAAUUCCCUAACCUGUAAUCGAACAUUUGCGUCGCAGGAGACCACUGUUUAUGACGAACCGAAAUUACCGGCCGUUGAGUUUCACAUUGCUGAAGCUCUUUACACCAAGUUUCAUGCAGUGAUUAAGGGUGCAGUUGAUCUUACAGUUUAUGAUACGAAAUAUGCAACUCGAGAGCUCGUUAAAAAAGUGUCAGACGUUAUUUGGAACUCUCUUACCAGAAGCUACUACAAAGAUCGCGCACAUUUACAAAGUCUCUACAGCUACCUCACGUCAAAUAAAUUAGAUUGCUUCGGAGUAGCCUUUGCAGUGGUUGCUGGUUGUCAAGUGUUGGGAUUUAAAGAUGUACAUUUGGCUAUGUCUGAAGAUCAUGCUUGGGUAGUUUAUGGUGAAAAUGGAACUGAAACUGCUGAAGUUACCUGGCAUGGAAAAGGAAAUGAGGAUAAACGUGGUCAACCAGUUGAACCUGGUGUAGCCUCUCGAUCAUGGUUAUAUGUGAAUGGACAAGCUGUUGUAUGUUCUAGAGCUAUGGAAGUUGCUACUAUAGUAUCUGCUAUAAAUCCUAGUUUAAGUGCAACUUCAGAUGCAGCUGAAGUAGCAUUACUUCAACAGGAAUUAUUAUGGUUGUUAUACGAUUUGGGUCAUCUUGCUAAAUAUCCUAUGGCUCUUGGUAAUCUUGGAGAUCUUGAAGAAGCAGCACCAACUCCAGGCAGGCCUCCUGCUAUAGAUCUCUUUCAGGAAGCAAUUCGUUCGGCAAGGAAAUAUUAUGGAAAUGCUCAUGUCUAUCCAUACACUUAUCAAGGUGGUUAUUUAUAUAGGCAUGGAUUACAUGCCAACGCGUUGUCAUCAUGGGCAGAUGCAGCAGAUGUUUUAAGAAAGUAUGACUAUUCAAGAGAUGAUGGAGAAAUAUACAAAGAAUUAUUAGAAAUAGCAAACGAACUUAUACCGCAUACGGUACGAGCUGACGAACGUUUGUUACGACAACCACGUUGUUUUGCUUAUUUGUUGAGGUUUUACGAUGGUAUUUGUCAAUGGGAGGAAGGAGCGAACACACCCGUUUUACACAUAGGAUGGGCACGGCCGUUGGUAAACACUAUUUCAAAAUUCGAUGCCAGUAUUCGCGCUCAGGUAAUUAUCGAGUGUUACGAUGUAGAGGCGAAACAGGAAGAGGAGAAGUCACAAAAGAGAGAGACCAGUCCAGAAGAAACAUUGAACAAUAAUAACAACAAUUAUUGUAAGACAAAGGAAAGAGGCAACGCAGCCCGCGAUUUGAUCAAAAGUUUAGAAUCAAAAGUGCCGUCUAAUCCAGCACCGAUGCAUCCCAGUAUUCAAGCGUUGACUGCAGCAUGUAGCGAAAAGAUACUUAACAGAGAUUAUCUAUUACAAGGUGGCGGGGAGCCUUUCGUUGCUCCGUCGGAUGGUACUUUGCCUCCCGCACCCUCCACUUCUCAGGAAAAUCUUGAUCCUGAGGAUGAAACUGAUUCUGAACACGAAAGACCGAGGAUAACAUUAUACAGUCAGAAGAUGAAAGGUUUAAAGGACUUGUUGCUGGCUGAGAAAUUGAACACGCACGCGAUUUCAUUGCAAUUAACCGCACAGAGCCAGGUACAAAUUGGGAAAAAAUCUCGCGGUACCGAUGAGGUUGGAGUUAGUCAGCGUCCAAAGAGGACACGUCGCGAAUAGUAUAAGAUUUUCGACCGACGUUUCGGUAUCGUAAAAUAUUGAACAGCAGUAGUGCCACUGGAUUCGUUUAGGUCGGAAAAGUAUCCGUAACGUGCGAAUGCAUAUACUACAAAUGUAUUCCAUGCAUCGUUGAAAUCUCAAUCUAUUCUCACGGUUUCUUUCUGUUUCGAGUGAAUUUCUGAUUCUUCAAGAUUCUCGCAUAUUCAUGGAGAUUUGUUGGGAUAUGCGGAUGAUGAUGAAUUUGUUUCCGUUCAAACUGUCUCUCGUGCGUUUUUUUUUUGUUUCGCGGAACGAUUCCGACGCUCGAUCAUCGCGCGAAUCCUUGCGAAAUACGUUCGCGUUAUCCUCGGAACGUAUUAUCGUCAUUAGAUAUAAGUGAAAAGUAGAUUGCGAAAAAAUUUAUAGAAGAGUACAAAAAGAUUUUCUCGAUUUUAAGUUAAAUAUCGAAAUCGUGAGUGCUUGCGUUUUGUAUUUUCGCGAUGAAGAUAUAUUUACGUGUAAAAAAAAAAGAAAAAAAAAAAUGUCUUUUCUCUUCCACGGUACGUAGAGCUGUGAGUAUGUAUAUGUAUAUGUAUAUGGGUCGGGGGAGGAUGAAAUAAUAGGAAAGAGUAUGUGGGGCCAGAUGGUCGUUGGGCGGAAAUAGAAAGACGAAUCGAACAAUGUACCUAAUGUAUCUUCGCGAGGAGAUCAGAUUCUCAGCACAGUUAUUUAUUCUUACGACAAGUAACGACAAUUAUCGACGGAAUCGAUCGAUCAGUUUCGAUCUCGUCUUUUAUCCUAUUUCUAAUCUCUUGUUGCACCCUUAUUUAUUGACCCACGUGUUUUUUAUCGAACUGUCGCACUUCGAAUUAUUACAACUAACAAGUUGUCGUUAAUGUUUUUUACACGGUAGUUAAACCUUCUGUUAGACGUACGCUUUUACAAUCUAGUAAGAGAGACCACACAUUCCACUCCGUACGUGGUGCAAACUAAUUAAGUUUUUACCUAAGGUAUUUUAAGCAUAAAAUGCUCGCUUAUUUUUAUAACUAUUUAUUUUCAGAGUAAUUAUAAGUAUUCUACUAUUAGAAUUAUUCUUUCGCCACUCGAUAGAUAGAACAGAGAUCAAACGUAGAUAGUCUACCGAAACAGUAGUACACAAUAUUGGACAUUAUAAUUCGUAACGGUGUGUCUCACAGUAUAUCAUGGAAUAAAUUACGAUAAUAACUCGUUAAGUUUUGAUCGCGAUAAUUGGAAACGAUACGUAUUUCUUCUACGUACGAAGUUCCUCCAUGUUUUUCGCGGCAACGUACAAAUAACGUUUUUCUUCCGAAAUAAGUAUUGUUUAUGGCUGAAAAGAACUCUCGCGUAGCGGCACAGAGGCAAGAGGGGUUCUUCGCCUAUCCCCACUCUUAACGUUCUUAGAGACCACGUGUUUAGUCUCCUAAUAUCCGCACACUACACAAGAGAUUUCCCUUAGCUAUUAAAAAUUGUGAAUAGAAGGAUUGUAUAAAUAAGAUAUAAUUAUUUUCGAUUAUGGAAUUGAAGAGAUUGCGAUUUCAUCCUUUCGAUAGAAUUGCUUUUCUCUAUCAAUCGAAUUAAUAUGUAUGUCCAUGUUAAUAAAUAGUAGAAACGUAUUUAGAAACAAAAGUUCGUGUCGAAAUAGGCGUUCCCCUUCCACUUUGACCAAUCAGAAACCGCAUUCCUUUCGCGGUAUUUCUUUUCAGCAGUGAACAGUACGCGUCACUCGUUUCCGUGUGUAUCAGAAACCGAAGGAGAAGAAUUGUUGUCGAUUGUUUUUCCUCGGCAAAUUUUACCGCGUUUGUUUUUUUUUUUUUUUUUUCAAUUACGGAUUAUUACGUUAUAUAUAUAUAUCGCUUUAUUGCCCUUCGAUUUGGUGACAGUAUUUCAGCAAAAGAAUAUCGAUACACGCUGGUACGUACGCGUGAUACUAGGCGGAGUCAUUGAUUAAUCGCUUUUAUCGAGCACACAGUACCUUUCUACGAUUUUAUUUCUCCAAUGCUUAUCCCUGUGUACAGGUGUACUUUUACGAACACGAUACGAAUCGAAUACUAUAAUAAUAAAUAAUAAUUGCAUCGAUUGUCGAUGCGAAAAGAAAUUAUUCAAUGAUGUUUAGACGGAUUGUUGUAAUGUAUGUUGUUAAACUGGAAUGAAUAUAAAACAGGUCCGAAACACAGAUCGAGGAUCACUUAAAUAAUGAAGGGCGCUAUCUUACUGUGAUGCUGAAUAUAUAUAUAUUAUACAUAUAUACAUAAAUAUAUGUAUGUUUGUGCGUAUGUGUUUAUCUAUCUAUGUAUACACACAUGCACACAUUCGCACAUAUAUGUAUAUACACAUAAUUAUACGAUUAAUACUUGUAGUAUUAUAAUUAACGGAUGACUUGGCGCCGGUAAGGUUUCACUCUUGAGCUUGAAAUCUUGUAUUUGCGGUGCCGAAUUGUAAUUUUUAUUAUAAAAAAAAAAAAAAAAAAAAAGAAGAAGAAAAGAAAAAGAAAAAAAAAAGGCUGCAUAAACGAGAGUUACGAGAUACGAGAGAGAAAGAUUGAAAGAGAAAAACGAAAAAGAGGGAUAAAGAUCGUUGUAUUCGUAUCGCUCGCAUAUCACACAAUUGACAAACGUUUUUAAACGUUUUUUUAGAUAUCGGCGAUCAUUGACGAUUGACACUUGUUGUUACGUAUUUGUCUCCUGAAUAUGUGGCACUUUAACGAGCCGUUAUUUUUACGGUAUAUAUAUAUAUAUGCGAUUAACAAUUGUCAAAAAAAAUUGAAACGAAACAAAAUGGCGAAGGAGAGUAGCGUGCGCGUUGCAAGUAUACGCAGUUCUUGUAUGUACGAGGUGGCUGAUUUUUUUAUUAUAAUCGGAUUGUAUGUUUUUCAAAUAAGAAUACAAUUUUGUAAUUUU